AUGGCUUUUGAACUAUUUGCAAAACGAUUCACAAGAUAUCAAGAUACAACAAAUCAAAUCAUCAUCAAGAAGAGAAAAUUAGAAACAUCAAAUGAUAUGGAAAAUAAUGUACUAGACCAAUCUAAUACCAGUGUGGAGUUUCAACAGAAGAUGUACAAAUCUUAUAUCAAAUCAGCAUUAGAUGCCUUGGAUAAUAACUCCAAUUCAAUACAAUUAGAUACAUUGGCUAAUCAAAUCUCACUACCCAAAACUAAUCCAGAAUCUAUUUCAUCAUCAAAUUUCGCUAUAAUUUUAAAUAGCUUGACAAAUAAUAUAUCAAAAUUAGAUUCUAAAAAAUGUGAGAAUUUAAUUUUAUCAAUUAUAAAUUAUCAUAAAUGGUGGAAAUUAUCAAAUUUUGAAAUUUCUAUUUAUAAAAAAUUCAUUAUAACUUUAUGUUCAUAUUUACCUAAAUGGUGGAAUGAAGUUUCAAUUGUAUUAACUUCACAAUUUAUUUUACCUUUAAAUAAAACAAAUUAUCAUCAUGAAUUGAUGAAAUUUUUUUUAAAUAUAAUACCAACUUCUAUUCAUUAUGUUCAUAAUAAUUUGGUUAAAGAUUUUCCUAAUAAACAUAAUGGUAAAAAUGAAAUUAUUAAUUAUGUUUCAAAUUUAUUAAAAUUGAAUGAAUAUUGUUCUGAAUUAAGAUAUAAUGUUUGGUCAUUAAUUAUUGAACAUUGUAUUCAAAUUGAUGUGGAAUUACAAAAUGAAUUGGAUGAAUUAGAUGAUGAUGAAUUUGAUGAUGAAGAAGAAGAUCAAGACGAUGAUGAUGAAUCAGAAGAUGAAGAUAUGGAGAAACGUAAAGUACAUUUUGAAGAUGAAGAUUCAGAUGACAGUGAUUCAGAAGAUGAAGAUUAUGAAUUGGGUGAAGAGAUUAAUGAACAUGCAUUACAAGCUGCAAAUAUUGAAGAUUUACAAGAAAAAUUGGAUAAUAUUCUAAGCUUAGUUUUUGAAAAUUUACAAAAACAUCAAUUACAAACAGGUUUAGAAGAGGAGGAAGAGAAAAGCGUCAUUUUAUACAAUACAUUAACAUCAUUAUUUAAAUCUCAUAUUUUACCAACUUAUUAUACAAAAUCUACCCAAUUUAUAUUAUUUUAUUUUACACAAAGAUCACCAGAAUUGAUGGAUUCAUUCUUGGUUACAUUGAUUGAUUUAUCAUUCUCACAAUCAGAAACUAUUGAAAAGAGAAUUAAAGCAUUACAAUACCUAAGUUCAUAUAUUUCAAGAGCUAAUAAUUUACACAAGAAUCAAAUUGUUUAUGUGUUGAGUUAUUUAAUGAGUUGGUUGAAUAGAUAUGUUGAAAGACGUGAAGAGGAAGUUGAUGGGACUAUAAAUAUGGAGAGAUUUAAAUUAUUUUAUUCAACUUUUCAAGUUUUACUUUAUAUUUUUUGCUUUAGACAUUCAAUUUUGAAAAAUGAAGAUGAUGAUUGGGAAUUGGAGAUGGAUAAAUUUUUCCAAAGAAUCUUAAUCACAAAAUUCAAUCCAUUAAAAUAUUGUAAUGAGAAUGUUGUUUUAAUGUUUGCCAAAAUUGCUCAACAAGAAAAUGUUGCAUAUUGUUUUUCCAUUAUACAAAAGAAUAAAAAUGAGAAAUUGAAAGGUAUUUCAGGUAAUAAUUCAGGUAAUACUUUGAAUAAUGGUCAAUUGAAUUUAUCAAAACAACAAUUUGUGGAUCUUGAAGGAUAUUUCCCAUUUGAUCCACUAUUCCUCAAGAAUUCAAAGAAAUUCCUUAAAGAUUAUUAUAUUGAAUGGAGUUCAAUCUCAAAAGAAUAUGAAAGUGAUACUGAUGAUUUUGAUGAUUUGGCCAACGAUGCCAAAGAGGCUGUUAUUCGCCGCAAUUCAAUGAACCAGAAUAUGGAUAGCGACGAGUCAGACGAUGAAUUAUAG